AUGGAUUGCUCCCGCCCGCUCUGGGAGUUCCACUUCCUCGACUUCCCGACCUCAGAGGCCACCUCCACCGUGGUGUUCCGCGUCCACCACUCCCUCGGUGACGGGAUGUCGCUGAUCACGCUCCUCCUGGCGUCUGCCCGCAGCGCCGCGGACCCGACACGCCUGCCGGCCAUGCCGGAGCAGCCGGCGCGCACGGGCGCCAUCUACGAGCCGCGGCACCGGCAGCCGCUGCCCUCGGGCGCCCUGGCGGCGUUCGUCGCAUGGGUUUGGCCGUAUCUUGCGCUUGCAUGGAACACCGUGGUGGACGUCAUCUUCUUUGCUGCGACGAUUGUGUUUCUGAGAGACCCGAACACACUCUUCAGACGCGGGGACAGUCAAGUUACGUUGAACCCCCGCAGGCGCUUCGUGCACCGGAGCUUUAGCUUGGACGACGUCAAGUUCAUCAAGAAUGCCAUGAACUGCACUGUUAAUGAUGUGCUAGUCGGAGUCACUUCUGCUGCUCUAUCACAAUAUUACUUUCGUAAGUCUGGUUACCCUAAGACACGCAAGCUAUGUUUGCGAUGUGUCCUCCCUGUAAAUACAAGGCCAACAGCUAGCCUACAAGCCUAUGUUAAUAUGAUAGAAUCGGGUAAAAGUAAUGACGUGGCAUGGGGAAAUCAAAUAGGCUACAUCCUCCUACCAUUUCAUUUAGCGGUACACGAUGAUCCACUUGCAUAUGUUCGGAUGGCAAAGAAGACCCUGGAUAGAAAAAAGAGCUCACUUGAAGUUAUCUUCACGUGUAUGAUUAGCGAGCUUUUUGUUAAAAUGUUUGGUCUAAAGGCAGGUGCUUUUAUCAUCGGUCGUAUGCUCACAAAUACAACU